AUGCAGCGCUAUAGAGAAGACGCCUCUGACGAGAGCCAUGAUGAAGAAGACAUCCCUUUACAUUACAAGCGGGCUUUCGGUGCGGGACUGAAGCGACAAAGGGUCGAGUUUGUUCCCGCCCAAGAUCCCGAUGCUGGAACCACAACCACAAUAACACCAGUCAAAUCAACAGACACUUCCAUCGGCGAUUUGUAUGCUAGCAUCGUUCUAAAGCCUUCCGAAGACAAAGAUCCCAAAGCCUCAGAAGAAGAGCCAGAGGAAAUAUGUCCAGACUGCAAACUCCCCAUCUCAUCCACUUCACAGCCUCACGAAGCAUCCUUCGCUCACCAAGUCUCACUCACACAUUCACACCCCCCAUCAGCACUUGAUCGCUCGCGCAUGGGUCUCAAAGCCCUGAAAUCUCAAGGUUGGGACCCUGAUGCCCGACGAGGUCUAGGAAGAGAGGGCGAGGGAAUGCGAUAUCCCAUCAAAGUGGUGGCAAAAGAAGAUACCCUCGGCAUCGGAGCGACGAUACCGAAAGAGAUCCAAGAAAAGAAAAAGGAAGAGAAGGCCAGGCCAUUAAACAGAAAGGAAGCGAAGCAGCUGGCGGCUAAGGAACGACAACAGCAUGAGAGACUACAGGGUGAGAUUUAUGGGAGAGUUGAUGUGGAAAGCUAUCUGAAAGGAAAAGGCGACGAUGGUUGA